UUCUAUAUUUAGACGGAGCGUAAAAUAAAACCGAAUAACAUUCCGAAACGUUACUCUUCGUAAUUAAGAUUUAUUUUUGGUGGUAAUUUACGUAAUUAAAUUGUUUUUUACGAUAAGAAAACAAGUUUCCUUAGGAGCGCCAUCUGUUAUCGGCUGGCAUAACUAUAAUUCGAAAACAAAAAUGAAAGCUGAUGACAGAAAAGAUGUCUUAAGGUCGUCAAUGCGAAGGAGUGAUGGCAUUUGAUUCUAGAUAUUGAAAAGAAUAAUUGAUAAAAAUCCAACCGACUCGUGUAUAGAAAAUGGCUCUGAAGAUUCUAGUUGGAACGAAAAUUAUGAAUGACGUGAUUAAAGCUGUCAAAAAGAAAGGCGAAUGGAAAGUUCUUGUCGUCGAUCAAUUAGGCAUGAGAAUGAUAUCUGCUUGUUGUAAAAUGCAUGAAAUAGCAUCAGAAGGAAUUACAAUUGUUGAAGAUUUAAAUAAAAAGAGGCAACCACUGCCAUGUAUGGAAGCUGUUUAUUUAAUAACUCCGACCGAAAAGUCCAUUGCAGGUUUAAUAGGUGAUUUUCAGUGUCCUCAACAAAUGUAUCGUGGUGCACAUGUAUUCUUUACAGAAGAAAUUAUGAAUGACGUGAUUAAAGCUGUCAAAAAGAAAGGCGAAUGGAAAGUUCUUGUCGUCGAUCAAUUAGGCAUGAGAAUGAUAUCUGCUUGUUGUAAAAUGCAUGAAAUAGCAUCAGAAGGAAUUACAAUUGUUGAAGAUUUAAAUAAAAAGAGGCAACCACUGCCAUGUAUGGAAGCUGUUUAUUUAAUAACUCCGACCGAAAAGUCCAUUGCAGGUUUAAUAGGUGAUUUUCAGUGUCCUCAACAAAUGUAUCGUGGUGCACAUGUAUUCUUUACAGAAGCUUGUCCAGCAGAGUUAUUUAAUGAUCUCUGCAAUUCUAUGUGUGCAAAGUAUAUCAAGACUCUAAAAGAAAUAAAUAUUGCAUUCCUGCCUUAUGAAUCACAAGUAUUUUCCUUGGAUUAUCCAGAAACAUUCCAGUAUUAUUAUAAUGUGUCUCGUUCGUCAGGACGAAAUGCCAAUUUGGAGCGCAUUGCCGAACAAGUUGCCACUCUCUGUGCUACUUUGGGAGAAUAUCCUUCCAUUAGAUAUCGCAGUGAUUUUGAUAGAAAUGUUGAACUUGCUCAACUGUUCCAGCAAAAGUUAGAUGCUUACAAGGCAGAUGAAUCAACAAUGGGCGAGGGUGCAGAAAAAUCCAGAUCACAGCUCUUAAUCUUAGAUAGAGGUGUCGAUUGUGUUUCUCCCCUUCUUCACGAGCUUACAUUCCAGGCAAUGGCUUAUGAUCUGCUUUCAAUCGAGAAUGAUGUUUAUAAAUUUGAAUCUCCCAGUGGACACGAUGUCAGAGAAAAAGAGGUACUGUUGGAUGAAAAUGAUGAUCUCUGGGUCGAAUUACGUCAUCAGCAUAUAGCUAUAGUGUCUCAACAGGUAACAAAAAAUUUGAAAAAAUUUAUUGAAAGCAAAAGAAUGACAAGUUCAACUGAUAAAACAAGCAUGAAAGAUCUCUCUCAUAUGAUUAAAAAAAUGCCACAGUAUCAGAAGGAAUUAAGUAAAUACUCAACACACUUGCAUUUGGCUGAAGAUUGCAUGAAGUGUUAUCAAGGAUAUGUUGACAAACUGUGUAAAGUUGAACAAGAUUUAGCUAUGGGAACUGAUGCUGAAGGUGAGAAAAUUAAAGAUCCUAUGAGAAAUAUAGUCCCUAUUUUAUUGGAUGGUAAUGUUACAACAUAUGACAAAAUCAGGAUUAUUUUACUUUAUAUUUUAUCUAAAAACGGUAUUUCUGAAGAAAAUUUGACAAAAUUAAUCCAACAUGCUCAAAUUCCACCAACAGAAAAAUGUAUUAUUACAAAUAUGGCUAAUCUAGGAACUAACAUUGUAAUAGAUGCUGGACGUAGAAAACUCUAUCAGGUGCCACGAAAGGAACGUAUUUCAGAACAAACAUAUCAGAUGUCCAGAUGGACUCCUGUAAUUAAAGAUAUCAUGGAGGAUGCUAUUGAAGAUAGGUUAGAUGUCAAGCAUUUUCCUUUUCUUGUCGCUCGAACUGCUACAACUGGAUAUGGUAGAGCUCCUCCCACUAGUGUAAGAUAUAGACAAUGGCUCAAAGAUAAAAAUGCUCCUAAUGUAAAGAAUUUUCCUAGACUAAUUAUAUUCAUUGUGGGUGGUGUCACUUAUUCUGAAAUGAGAUGUGCAUAUGAAGUUACCAAAGAACAAAAGAAUUGGGAAGUUAUAAUCGGCAGUGAUCAUCUAUUGACUCCCGAGGGAUUCCUCAGCGAUCUCAGAGACCUCAGCAGCUGAAUGUCAAGAGUGGCUGCGUAUUUUUAUUUGUCCCUGUGCAAUAUACUUUAAAUGCAUUGUUGCAGUUACUACUUUUUGCCCAUUCAUAACAUUAAAAGUUCCAUGGCUUUGUUAAUUGUGUAUCCAUGAAAAAUUUUAAGAACAAAAUCAUAAAAUUAAAGUACAAAAACAAAACUAUUUUUGAGAUGUUUUAAAAUUAAAUGAAUUUAUAUUCUAUUUGUAUUUUUUCUGCUU